CAAUUGGGUUUUGAGUGGAUAAUUGUUGCAGUGAGAGCAGUGACAUUGGAAACAACUAUUGCCUGUUUGAAUUACUUAAAGCACCACCAUGAAAAGAAAUACCUGUGAUUUGCUUUCCCGGAGCAAAAGUGCCUCUGAGGAAACACUGCACUCCAGUCAUGAAGAGGAAGACCCUUUGAAAGAAAUGGAACCCUAUCUUGUAAGGAGACUUUCUUGCCGCAACAUCCAGCUUCCCCCUCUCGCCUUCAGACAGUUGGAACAAGCAGACUUGAAGAGUGAAUCAGAGAACCUUCAAAGGCCAACCACCCUCCCCUUGAAGAUUCUACCCCUGAUUGCUAUCACUUCUGCCGACUCCAGUGGGCAGAAGUUCAGAUGGCUUCCAGUUGGGAAAAGAAUUCUCAAUCCAGCUUACCAUCUAGUCUCUGUGUGGUCUUGGCAAACUCUUCAGGCCUGGCCAGGCAUGAUGUUGCUGGCAGAAAUGAGGCUGUGUCUCCACUUGGGCUCCAGCUUUGCCUUUUGGCCUGCAGACUUUCAAGAUUUAGGGAGAGUCUGCGAAUAUGUGAAACAACAUUUUCUCUUCAAGAAUGUCCUAUAG